AUGGCUCGCACCAUCGGGAUCGCCGCCGCCGCUCGGCCCGUCGUGACGCCAACUCGCCGCUUCGUGUCCCUCGUGGCUUCCGCCGCGGCGCUUUUGCUCCUCGCAAACGCCGCCCUGCCGGCGCUUGCGGAUUCGACUCAGAUGGCGGCUGCAAGCCGUCGGGUCAUGAAAGCCGCCGCACUCGUUGCAGCACCGGCGCCCGGAGCAGGGACCGGGGCACCCGCGGUUGGCGCGCCACCGCCGCCGCUGGCGCCGCUCGAUCAGUACUACGACAAUGACUACAUGCAGGACUACACCCUGGAGCAAGUGAUCGCAGCCGCGUCGCCUCAGGCUGCGCCGGGCGCGCCGCCGUCCUUGCCGCGGUCCUUGCGGUUGAAGGUCCCGUACACAAUCAAGUUCGCGGACGUGUCCAAGCUGUACUACAUUCUUAACUACCUCGCAAACUCGGUGUGCAAGUUCCCGGCCGGGCCGACGAUUUUCCUUCCGACGAAUCAAGCGUGGAGCGACGCAUUCGAGGGGUACAAGAAGAGCCGCAGCAGCGGCGUGCUUUACGAAGCGCUCGACGCGGUCGCGAGCGAUCGGAUCAAGAAGGCGUUCGUUUGGGCGGGGCGUAAGAUAAACAGCACUGAGCUGUCGGUUCUGGCAGACAAGGCGAAAUCGUGCAAAACGCUCACGUCGCAUCCGAUCAGGGAGGCCGCGCGGACCGCGCUCUACAACCUGAUGUCGUUCCACACGGCGGCUUUUCAGGUUACGAUCUUGAAUCUGGAUAACCAGUGUACCGCCUCUGGCACUCCUGUCAAGACCGCGUUCAAUGGCAACAAUCUGAACUUCAAGUGCAACAGCACCGACGCUGGGUUCAUUUCCGCCUCGGACCCCCUUGCAUCCGGCGUGGCUGCUGGUACUCCGUCUGCUGUGGCAAUGAUCGACGAGCCAAAGAAGGAUUAUUUCUACGUCAAUGCGGUUGUGUUCCCCAUCAACAUUUCCUCACUGCUUGGCGCCGUUGCCACCGUCUUGCGUCUCCUCACUGCUCUGCUGGUCUUCCCCUCUGCUCUUGCCUGUGCUCUCUAG